AUGGAUCCCUCUCAUUCUGAGCCCGAUAUCCGGGAGACCGAUACAAUCUCUGAGCUUCCACAGGAUUUGUCUCCUCGCUCUCAUCAUGUCUAUUCACCAAACCGUCUGGGAACGCCGCUAAUGCGCACUCCUAGUCAUGCACAACAUGUCAACUUGGACUUCUUCGACCCAUCAGGAGUAGAGGAAUUGCAGCGGACUUUGUCUCGCAGGUCACCAAUCUCUUCUGUAGCCGAGAAGAAGGCCGUCGUCUCUCUCGCAUCUCUCGAGCGUCCCUACUCGGAUCCCAUUCGCUGCUCGCUUCGGUGCCGACUAUCAGCUAGGAUCGAUCAAGCGGAUAUUAAGAAGAGGGAACUAGGCGUCGUUUUCGAGGACCUAUGGGUAGUCGGCUUGGGCGCAUCUGCAACAUAUCAGCAUACGCUGGGUUCGAUGCUCAAUCCACUCACUUACGUGCAAUUCAUCAAGCAACUUCGUCAUCCGCCUGUUCGGGACAUUCUUAGCGGCUUUGAAGGAUGCAUCUGCAUAUUUGCUUCCCGACUUACCUUGCGUGCUUCAGUGGUUCUUGGCCGUCCGGGCGCUGGAUGCAGCACGCUCUUGAAGGUGCUCGCGAAUCAGCGAACGGAGUACCACGCGAUAUUAUGUCGCGAGGAGCACCGGCGCAUUAUGAUCGAAGUGCUCAUGACCAUCUUCGGUUUGAGACAUGUCAAGGACACGCUCGUGGGACAUGCGAGUAUCCGAGGUGUGAGCGGUGGUGAGGAGAAACGGGUAUCCAUCAGUGAGGUUUUGGCGGCGCGAAGUCUGUUGACAUCGUGGGACAACUCGACGCGAGGCCUUGACGCCUCUACGGCGCCGGAGUUCGUUCGCGCGCUCCGGCUUGUGACUGACAUAGGCCGUGUCUCGUCCAUCGUCUCCAUCUAUCAAGCUGGCGAGUCGAUAUACGAGGUGUUUGAUAAAGUCUGCGUUAUCUAUUCUGGCAAGAUGAUCUACUUCGGGCCUGCAGAUCGUGCCCGACAGUACUUUAUCGACAUGGGUUAUGAGCCUGCCAACCGUAAGACCACGGCCGAUUUUCUUGUCGCCAUCACGGACCCCAAUGGACGCAUUGUCCGGAACGGGUACGAGUCGCGGGUGCCGCGAACCGCGGACGAGGAGAGCGAAUUUGGGCAGAUGAAUAGAGGAUACAUGGCCUCCUAUAGGGAGGAGGUACAUAGCCAGCCGGAUCGCGCAAACCGGUACAAGCAGAGCAGCAAAGCAGAGCGCGCAAGGACGACUUCAAAGAAAAGCCCGUACAUCAUCUCGAUCCCGACGCAGGCUCGCGCGUUGAUGCUCGGGCGUGUGCAGAUCAUCAAAGGCGCGGUUGCCGCACAGGUGGUCCAACUCAUGUCGUUCAUUCUGCAGGGUGUCAUUGUAGGCACGAUCUUCUUGAGGAUUAGUGAUUCUACAACGAUAUUCUUCUCGCGUGGUGGUGUGCUGUUCUUUGCACUUCUGUUCUCGGCACUCUCGACUAUGGCCGAGAUUCCUGCCCUCUUCGGUCAGCGCCCAAUAGUCUUGCGGCAUUCCAAGGCGGCCAUGUACCAUCCAUUCGUGGAGGCGCUGGCCCUCACCUUAGUUGACCUUCCCAUUUCAGCCGUUACAGCCAUCUGUUUCUCCAUCAUUCUAUACUUCGUCGUCCGCCUACAGCAAACUGCCGCACAAUUCUUCAUUUUCCUGUUGAUAGUGAGUGCGGCUCCAGCGCAAGCUGUUGCUGGUCUGUCGACGCUGGUUUUGACGCUCUACACCGGCUAUACGAUCCCUCAGCCGUCUAUGAUUGGUGCAUCGCGCCCGCCCCUGAAAUACGGAUUCGAGGCGCUGAUGGUGAACGAGUUCCACACGGUUAGCGGCGAGUGCGCAUCACUUGUUCCCUCGGGCCCCGGAUAUGAGAACUUGGAGAAGUCUUUCAUUUACUUUUACGACCGUCUGUGGAGGAACUUCGGUAUCAUAUGUGGUUUCGGUUUCGGUUUCGGUUUCAUAGCCAUCCUGCUCAUGCUCACGGAUGUCAACACUGGCCUUGCGGGUGACAGCACGGUCACUCUAUACAAACGUGGCUCUAAGGUUAAUACCUUGGAGCAAGCCGACUCCGCUGACGAGGAGAAGCAAGGUAGCAGGCAUAGCGUGUCAACGCAACAUGGUAUCGAUGACGUUGACACGAAGCAGGCGUUGAACGAGGCCGCCGCCCAGAGCAGUACGUUCUCGUUCCAGAACUUGACGUAUGUCGUGAGCGUUGGUGGUGAACAGCGGACACUGCUCGAUAACGUGUCGCGGUACGUUGCCCCAGGCAAAUUGACUGCCCUUAUGGGUGAGUCUGAUGCUGGCAAGACGACCUUGCUUAAAGUGCUUUCCGAGCACAUGACUGGCGGUGUCGUCACCGGUAAUCGUUUCUUGAAUGGUCAACCUCUCCCUGAUGACUUCCGUUCUCAGACCGGUUACGUACAGCAGAUGGAUACUCACUUGCCAUAUGCAACCGUUCGCGAGGCAUUGCUCUUCUCUGCCAAGUUGCGCCAGCCCGCAUCUGUGCCACUUGCGGAGAAGGAGGCGUACGUCGAGAAGUGUCUGAAGAUGUGCGGUCUGGAGGAUCAUGCAGACGCCAUCGUUGGCUCGCUCAGCGUCGAGCACCGCAAACGCACCACGAUUGGUGUCGAGCUGGUUGCCAAGCCGUCUCUCACUUUCUUGGACAAGCUGACGUUCGGUCUUGACGCUCAGAGCGCGUGGACUGUCGUGUGCUUCUUGCGGCAACUGGCGGACAGCGGGCAGAAGCUUCACCUUGUGCGACUUUGA